GAUCAUUCUCUUAGUGGAGCACUCAGUGCGCUGCAAGCGCUCCGAGACUGCGUGUCGACUUUACGACCUCGAACGAAGAAACGAGGGGUUCGCGAAAAUUCAUCUUUUCAAUUACAAGCUACGAAUGUGAAAAUGAAUUGUUCAACGCGGGACCGCUGUACAAAGACUCGAAACGGAUCGUAGGAAAUUUUUCAGCGAAUCGGACGUCCGCUUCGGGCUGGCGGGAUCGAAUUUGCGCGAUUCGCCCGGCUAAAAAAAGAAAACAAACGAGAUAGCGGCACUCGAGUAAAAUUCUGAACGAAGAUUCGGGGCAAAGUGAUAUAUCGACGGGCGUGCGACGAUAAUUUUAGAACGAAACCUUUCGUCCGGUUCCAGGUGCCAACAAAACGACAGAGAGACGUAUGAACGAACGAGUAAGGUGUAAGCGUGAUUAAAAAUUGCAUCGCGUCAAGGAAGCGAGGGACACGAAGCAUCUCUCGAAUCAGCGGUGAAAAACAGCGCUUGAAGAAUCUUGCAAAGUUCGAAAGUGUAGCCUGUGUUUGAAGAUAUCGCUGCUGCUGGAACAACGAAGCAAUAUGUACGGGAUAUCAGGAAGAAACUUUUCCGAAGAUUCCUGGAAAUAGAAAACUGGAAAUAGAGAGACGAAUAUCAAACUGUGAAAUUAUAAUAUAUCGCAGAUGUACACACAAGAAGUUAACAAAACUGUCAUGAAGAUCAAGCAAAUCGAAUUAGAAUCGAUACUGUUUCAGAACACACGAGAACGAUACGAAACUAGAUAACACUUUGGGAUUUCGAUAAAAUAUUCGUCAUGUUACCAAAACUAUUAGUUCUCGGCUCUCACAAAGUCAAAAGGUAGUGAGAGUCGAAUCAAAAUAAUAAUAAGACGAACGUAUUAUGAUUAUGUACUGAAGAAUUGAAUCGAACUUAAGCUUAAAUCGUUCGAAGCAAAGUAACAAAGACAAAUUCAUUCCCGAGUGAAUCUUCUCCUGAAAGAAAUAUCUACAGUGAAAAAACGAUCUAAUUACACUGAUAUGUAUAUAAGUGAUAAAGACAAGAAAUAUUUUUGAACAGUGAAGCAUAAGAUUGAAAGGAAAUAAAGAAAAAGACUGAUGAAGAAUCGGGUGAAAAGAAAAAACGGAGAUACUUGAAAACGAUGGAAACAAGCCUCAAAAUUUUCAACAGCACCAGUUACUACGAUGCUGGACAGUUAUUGGACAAUUUAUCGAUUAGAGAGACCACGAGAGAACCACUCGAAUGUAAACAAGAAAUCAAUUCGAACGGUCUGUUUGAUUUCAUUAUCUAUGGCGUGCUGAUGAACCUGAUCGGUCUUUUUGGGAUAUUCGGCAACGCGAUUUCGAUGAUCAUUCUCUCGAGGCCGCAAAUGAAAUCGUCGAUCAAUUACUUGUUAAUUGGCCUAGCCAGAUGCGACACCGUCUUAAUUAUCAUUUCGAUAUUAAUUUACGGCUUACCUGUCAUUUGCACGUACACUGGCCAGCUGUUCGACUAUAAGUUCAUCGUGCACCCGAAGAUAGUCCGAUUCUUAUAUCCAUUAUCAUGCAUAGCGCAAAUAGCAACGGUGUACUUGACUCUAACUGUGACUCUAGAGAGAUAUAUCGCAGUCUGUCAUCCUUUACAAGCUAGGUCUUUUUGUACAUACGGACGAGCUCGACUAGCUGUAUUGGUUAUCGUGCUAUUUUCCUUUCUUUACAAUCUACCAAAAUUUUGGGAGGUAGAUUACUAUGCGGAAGUUCAUUGGAAGUACAAUGUUACUAUAUACUGCAUAUAUCCGGCAGACUUGAGAAGCAACGACUUGUAUGUCACCGUUUACGUCCACUGGAUGUAUUUUUUUAUUUGUUACCUGUUUCCCUUUCUUGCUUUGGUGAUAUUCAACGCUGCCAUUUACCAAAGGGUGAGAAAAGCAAAUAGAGAUUUGCAACAGCUUUCUCGACAUCAAAGACGCGAAAUCGGGCUAGCAACCAUGUUACUUUGCGUGGUGAUCGUUUUCCUAAUUUGUAACAUCCUACCGCUAGCCUCAAACAUUCACGAGACCUUCUUCAGCGAUCCGCCACAUUGGUUGGUGCAGACAGGCAAUCUUCUCGUGACAAUUAAUAGUAGCAUCAAUUUCAUUAUCUACGUGAUCUUCGGUAGGAAAUUCAAAAGGAUAUUUCUAAAGCUGUUUUGUAAUUCAAAGUUAUUCCGACCUGGCAGAGACAGUCCAGAAUUUCAAACUUACGACGAGUCGAUCGUUACCAAUAUGACCAAUAUAGAAUUAAGGAACUCUAUCAGACAUUAUCACGUAAACAGAUCGAGUACUAUCAACAGGAAUAACAAUAUCUCGAAUGGCAGUAUGCGACAAAGCGUGAAAAUAUCGGCAAGACCAGCCAGUCCAGGACCUUGUGUGUAUUAUCCUGCAAGGAGUCCUGUCAGAAGCCCUAGUCAGAUGUCCGCAACAUCAAGCACAUAGAAUGGGUGGAGUAAAAAAGAUGUAAAUUCUUCUUUGUAAUAAAUCUUAAAUAUUUCAUCUAAUCGCAAUAAGUCGACGAUCAUUCAUGAAUAACAAGGAAUAUCUUUUGUGCACCAAAUAAGAUGAAAUAAGAAAAUCUUUUUGUACAAAAAUCAUUCAAAUUGAAUGUAAUCAGAUAAGCUCGAAAAUAUUGAUGUUUAUCUGUCUUGCUAGUUAAUUUUCGGACAAAAAACAGCAUCGAUAUUGUAAAUUUAUUCUCAUAUGUUAUUAAAUAAUAAUUCAAUCUCUCGAAUUAUUUCAAAUUUUAUUUAAGUUCUAUGUACACUUGUUAUCUUUCUUUUUCUUUUUUUACAGUUACCAUAGAUAUAAUAGAUAAUUUACACAUACUUAUUUUUAUAAAGACUUUAAUAUCAUAUAAUAAUCACAGAAAUUUCAGAAAUGCGAUGCAUUUUGUCACAGAUUUCAUACAACUGCUUCAUAAUGUACAUAUUGUAUACGAGACAUUUCAUCAUCGUAAUGAAUAAAUAUUACUUAAAUAUGUGUAAAAGGCAUCAUUAUCCAAAGUUUGAUGCACGAAUUAGGAAGAAAAUAAUAAAAUUUGAAAAAAUAUAUUUUUCGACUAUUAGACAAACAAAAGAUAUUCAGUAACAAGAAUAUUGUUGAAAAAACAAAACAUAAAUCAGUACGUGUUUACUUGUUACAAAACGUAUAAAACGAAUGAUUACCUUGUACAAGCAUAAAAUUAUUUCAUAUAAGUAACUGAUAUAUGUAUGUAUAUAUUAGUUAUGAAAGGCAUGUAUAUGUAAAAAGGCAUUCUCGCGUUGUUAUAAUCCACAAAAAUUUUAGCAAGUUGUAAAUAUACUCAAACUAUUUUGAUAUGUUUAAAUAGAGACUUAUAGGUGAGACUCA